CCAUUCCCCUGGCUGUCACAUCUGCUGGCAGAAAUGAAGAACACACAGGUGGCUCUGCUGCUCCUUGUGCAGGGGACAAUCACACAGGCAACCAUAACGGCAACUACAGACGUGACUCCUUCUGUCAGCACACUUCAAUAUCUGACUCAGCUUAAUGAGAAGAUUACCAGCCAGCACACCUCCCCAAAGCUGUUUGCCAAUGUGACUGGCUCUCUGGAUGACCAUGGAAGUUGUCAGUGCUCUGUGUACUUACCGGAUACCACCUUUCCCGUGCAGAAGGCCGAGCAAUUGCAAGUGAUAGCCACAACGCUCUUGCAGAAAUUUGAAGCAGAGCUUUCCCAAGUAAGUUGUUCUUUUCUUGCAAAUAUAACAAUUGUGUCUUGGCUGAAAAAUAGUUUCCUGUGAAAGAGUACAGCAGUC